UUUUUUUUUACUAUGUCGGUAUUACAGAACAUGGGUCACGAAAUCCUACAAAAUGUUGUCUAUUCGUAUACCUCGUCUGUGUUGCUAUAAACUGUUCUGAUAAACGCUGAUACGAAUUUGAAAUGCCUAAAGUGCGUAGAAGUAAAAAACCUCCACCGGAUGGUUGGGAAUUAAUCGAACCAACAUUAGAGGAAUUGGAACAGAAAAUGCGAGAAGCGGAAACGGAACCUCAUGAAGGCAAACGAAAACAGGAAUCUUUAUGGCCCAUAUUUAAAAUUCACCAUCAAAAAUCACGAUACAUAUAUGAUUUGUAUUACAGACGGAAAGCGAUAAGUCGAGAAUUGUAUGAUUAUUGCUUGAACGAAAAUAUAGCAGACAGGAAUUUGAUUGCCAAAUGGAAGAAAGUCGGAUAUGAGAACUUAUGUUGCUUACGUUGUAUACAACACAGGGAUACUAACUUUGGUACAAAUUGUAUUUGCCGAGUACCCAAAGGCAAACUUGAAGAAGGCAGAAUAGUGGAAUGCAUUCAUUGCGGAUGUAGAGGAUGUUCUGGAUAGCAUUUAGCAAUGAUCAUAAGAUAUGUAUUUUUAUCUUUUGUUAAUGAUAUCGCACUGUAACUAUUAUUAUGUGUUAUUAGAAACUAUACUGCAUAAUGUCGAUGAAAAUGUUAUGAAAAUACCUUAUGAAAUACCAAAUACCUUGAUUUGGAUUGAUAGUUUGUGAACUGAUGAUACCAGCUAAAGGCUAAUACAAGAUAUUCUAUAUAAAAAUGAAAUAGCGGAUCGACAUUCUGAAAUGGUGAAAUCUCUUUGAGAAGUUUGUGUAGCGAUUCCAAUAAUUUGCCAAGAAUAUUUAACACUACAACUGUAGACUGAUUCGCCAUCAGCAGGAUUGUUUUCUUCAACUAAACUGUUCAAAAGGGUUUUUGAUGUUUGGGAACCUGUUCCAAUGACUUGCCAUGAAUACUUUAUCUUGCAAACAUGGUCAUUUUUCUGCAAAUUUGCACAAUCCUGGUAUUGAGACUGAUUCUUUGUAAGAAAUGAUAUAAUUGAACAAUUAAUAUUUUCCAGGGAAUGAUGAUGAAAAUUACUCGUAGCCAAGAUUUUACUAUGUGUAGUUUUUAUUGUAUCAUUUCUGUUUGUCUCUGAAAAAUUAUCUGAUGUCGAAAAAUCAAACAUGGUACAUUGAACUUGAUUAAAAGGUUUCGAUUCAAUACGUUUAAUUGGGUAUUCUAAUUCUUCGUCAUAAUUAAUAACAUCAUUAGAAAUCAUCCCUCUUACAUCGAUAUCGUUUAAAAUAGAUCCACGAUAAGAAUCAAAAAUAGAUUGUUUUUCAUUUUGUUCUUUCUUCCUGGUCGUUGUUAUAGAACGCAAUGUGAUCGAAAUAUUUGAAGCAUUAUUUAUAAUUGAAUUGUUCAAAAUAUUCUUUUCUGAUAUUUGUAUAUUUUCAUUAGCAUUUGGUAAUAAAUAUUUAAUCCGAUUUGAAUCAUUCUGCGACUGACGUGCAACGUCAUUGUCCAGUGUGUACAACUUUAAUUUUGUAUCAUUAUAGUAUGUUUUUGGAAGAUUCGACGAAGUACGAUUAAUGCUGUCAAUUGUUUCUUUUUCAUUCAUUUUAUCUUUCUUCUUCCAAUUAUUUGAUCUAGUUAUAUUUUCAUCUAUCAAAGGAGAUUGACAUUUGAACGAAGUCAAAGGCAUAUCAGAAAUCGAUGAAGGAAAUAUUAAUAUUUGUUGCUUUUUAUUCUCUGGUCGUUGAGGAAUAUUUUCUUUUUGACUGUUUAUAAAACUGUAACUUUUAUUAAUCGAAUGCGAUUUUCCUGACAACUUUACUUCUUUAUGUUUACUUAUUACAUUGGUCUGAAAACACAUUUAUGUUGCAUGUAAAUCUUUGAAAGUUAUCAUGAGUGAAAUUUCACUUUAUUUUCCAUAUCAUUGCUAUGUUAAAUAUUAUAAACAAAAACUCUCCUAUUUUUUAGCAUUUAAUUGUGUUUAAUUUUAUUUAUAUCUAAAAAAAAAAAAAUAAAUAUAUAUAAAAUCUAUA